AUGGCGUUCGACGAGAAAAAUGGCACGGAGACAGAUGUCGAGUGGUCCGGGUCAAGCUCCUACGAGGGCGAAAAUGAGGAGAUCAAACGCGAUCUCAAAUCGCGACAUAUCAACAUGAUCGCCAUUGCAGGGAUGAUCGGAACGGGUCUGUUUCUGAGCUCGGGUCAGGUCAUUGCCACAGCCGGCCCCGCGGGCGCUUUCUUGGCUUAUAUCCUUAUGGGCUUGAUUACUGCCGGUGUUUCGUAUACCACUGGUGAGAUCUCGGCUUUUAUGCCUUGUAGUGGUGGUUUUGUUCGUCAUGCUACGCGCUUUGUUGAGCCUGCUCUUGGUGCCGCCACCGGUUGGAACUUUUGGUAUACCAUGGCUAUUUCGGCUCCGGCUGAGAUUACGGCUGCUGCGACCAUUGUUCAGUUCUGGAAUCCGCCUGUGGAUCCUGCGGUUUGGAUUACAGUGUUUGGAUUUUGUAUCGCUGUUCUUAACUUUUGCAAUGUCCGCCUCUAUGGAGAGUCGGAGGUUGUCUUUGCUUCGCUGAAGAUUAUGCUGAUCAUUGGUCUGAUCAUUGGCGGUAUUGUCAUCGACCUCGGUGGUACUCCUGGCCAGGAACGUCUCGGUUUCCAUUAUUGGAAUGACCCAGGUGCCUUUAACAACUAUAUUUCAGCUGGCUCCGCGGGAAGAUUUCUGGCUUUCUGGAAAGUCCUCUUAACGUCCGCGUUCAGUUUCGGCAACAUCCAAGUCGUCGCCAUUGCCGGAGCCGAGACGAGAAACCCGCGCAAGAUCAUUCCAGAUGCUACCCGGAAGACAUUCAUCCGAGUCUUCGUAUUUUACGUCCUGAGUAUUUUCAUCGUUGGUCUAAUUGUGCCAUAUAACGACUCUAAACUAGUCAUCUCAACCGGAACAGCCAGCCAAUCCCCAUUCGUACUGGCCUUUCAACGCUCCGGCGUCAAAGUCGUACCCCACAUCAUCAACGCAGUAGUCUGCACAUCAGCCAUCAGCAGCAGUUCCAGCUGUAUCUUUAUCGCAUCGCGGACAUUGUACGGACUCAGCCAAGACGGCCACGCACCGAAGUUCUUCCAGCGAUGCAAUCGCUUCGGAACUCCGUAUUUCGCAGUUGGCUUGACCGUUCUGCUUUUGCCGCUGAUGUAUAUGACCGAGGGCAGUAACUCGUCGACCGUCUUUAAUUGGUUUGUGAAUAUUACUACUGUCGCGGGUCUGAUUGGCUGGAUUGUUAUUGAGGCGACUUAUUUGCGUUUUUAUGCUUGUUUGAAGAAGCAGGGAUAUUCUCGCGAGGACUUGCCUUAUAAAACUCCCUUCCAACCAUAUACGGCUUGGAUUACUGGAUUUAUGGUUGUAUUGAUCGUUUUGACUUCUGGAUAUGAUGUUUUCUGCGAGGGUAGAUGGAACACUUCCACAUUCCUAACUUCAUACCUCAACAUUGCCAUCUUCGCCGCCCUCUACGUCUUCUUUAAAAUCUUCCUCAAGUCAAAGAUCAUCCCCUUAGAAGAAGUCGACAUCAAAUCCGAAUUCGACAAAAUCCAAAAAGAAAAAGCUGCUGGCGAGUACCUAACCAGCGACCAACUAGACUGGCCCUGGUGGAGAAGGAUUCUGCACUGGAUCUGA